GGCACCCUGUGUCCGUCUCUCUUGCAGCGCUGGGUCUGUCCGUCCGCUCCCAGAUCCUGAAGCUGGGCGAGGAUUGGAUCUUCCUCUUCCUCUUGGGUAUCUGCAUGGCGACCAUCAGCUUCGGCCUCGACGUCAUCAUCUCCAAGUUCCAGCGAGCCAACCUGUGGGUGUACGACGCGCUGGAGGGGUACCGGGCCCUGCAGUACUUCUCCUGGGUCCUCUACCACACGGGGCUCAUGAUGGUGUCAGCCGGAGUCGCCAAAUACAUCUCGCCACAGGCUGCAGGCUCCGGGAUCCCCGAGCUGAAGGUGACGCUCCGGGGAGUCGUGCUGAGCGAGUUCUUCACCCUGCGAACUGGCCUGGCCAAGCUGGUCGGGGUGAUCUGCACCCUGGGGGCCGGCAGCACCAUCUUCCUAGGCAAAGUGGGCCCCUUCGUUCACAUGGCCACGAUCCUGGCCACCCAGCUCGGCCGCGUGAUGGUUAGAGUCGCUGGGACCAAGGAGAACCCGGCCCGCAAGUAUGAGAUGUUGGUGGCUGGGGCGGCCGUGGGGGUGGCCUGCUGCUUCGUGGCCCCCGUGGGGGGGGUGCUGUUCUCCGUGGAGGCGACCGGGACGCACUUUGCGCUGCGCGAUUACUGGCGCGGCUUCUUCUCCGCCACCUGCGCCGCCCUCACCUUCCGGCUGCUGCCCCUGCUCCACGGCGAGAGCGAGACGGUGGCCGUUCUCUUCAGCACCAGCUGGCGCGUCGAGUUCCCCUUCGACCUGCCCGAGCUGCUCUCGUUCGCCCUGCUGGGGGCGCUGUGUGGGGCUCUCUGCUGCGUCUACCUCUUCUGCCACCGUAACCUGCUGCUGGCCCUGCAGAACCGGCCACUGCCCCAGCGCCUGCUGGGCCGCAAGUGA